AUGGAUUAUAAAGCCCCCACGCAUGCAGAAAUCGACGAUUAUUUCUCUACUAAUCCAAUGUCGGAAUGGCACCUUCUUAAUAUCACCGAGAAAAAUGAGAAUGACAGUUACCCCAAAUACGCUUCGGAAUAUGCGAAAAAGCUAAGGAUGGCUAUGAAGAAGAUUGUUGAUCGCGUUGAACGACGAGAACUAGUGGAGGAAAAUGUGAUUGAUAUUCGGCAAAAACAGACCAUGCGAGAUCAACUAUCUGAGUCGAAAGCAUUGGACGAAAUAACCAAUGCGAUUGUUGGAAAACGUAAAAGAGACGAUGAUGACGAUGAUGAGAUUGACAAUAGUAAGAUUUCUAAAAAUGGCAACAAUGAACCAAUGGUCCAAGAAAAUUAUGAAGAAAUAACUACUUCUGAAAAAGGACAUAGUAAUGGUUUCGAAAUAUCUUCAUUUGGUAUUGAAGUGAAAUCCAAACAAAUAUCUACGUGGGAUUAUGUAAUACCAAAAAUGGAAAUAAGAGAUGAUUCUUCGAAAGACUGGAUAAAUGAAGGCCACAAUUUUUCUGAAGAUUUUCGGCAAUUUCAGAAGUCAAUUAUCGAAAAACUAAAAACUGAUCCAGUCUUAAAUUAUACGACCGAUGUUGAAUCCAUAAU